GGAGAGAGAAGGCGAGAAAAUUCCAUGCUUCCUCAACUCUGUUUGUUUGUCUUCUUCCUUACCCUUCCAAAAAAAUCCUCCCGAUCUGUGCAGUCUCUCUUCCCAACUCACCCCUCUGCCAAAUUAAAUGCUCUGUAGAUCCAAGUAACAGUCUCGCUUCUGCUACUACUACUUCCUCGCUGGUCGUGAUUCCGCAUUUGGGCUCCUUCGCCUUAUCUCUUCAUUUCCCACCUUCAAGAUCGCUGUUUUUCGACCAGCUCUCCCUCUCUUCCGUCCGUUGAAGGGAUUUUGACUCCUUUGGCAACUUGGGUUCAACCUUCUGUCAAAUGUGCUUGUGGGAGCGCCGGCUUUCUGCUUUCCCGGAGUUUCAGAGGUCGUUUUAGCAGUUGAAGUGAAGCUUGAGUUGAAUUUUGGUUGUUACUGUGGCUGUGGAGAGUGCCUGUUGUUAGAGAUCAACUACGCGCUCUCAUGGUAGUUUAGGGUUUCGUGGGUUGUUUCACGCGGGAGGAAAAAGUUGGAGACUUGCAGAGGGUCAUCUAUUUUGCUGCAUCUGAAUGGUACAGUUUACUUGAUUGGGUGGAUUGUCGUCUCUUCCACUGCUCGUUUCCGAAGGCUUCAAUGCCGAGGGAGAUUUUGGCGGCGGGAAGUGAGAAUGAGCAGUUAAUGAGUUAAUGGAGGAAUGAUUAUGGUAAUUUGAGUUCUUCGAGCUCUGCGGAGGCGGAAUUAGGUUUUCUAAGUUAAUUUCUUAUGAGAAUUUGGAGUGAACUGUUUCUUUAGAAAAGGUUUAAGGUUUUUGGCAAAUAGAGAGAGAGAGAGAGAUGCCGCCAUCUCCAGCUUUGAGAUUCUCUCCUGGGAGAGAGCUAAAAGCUGCUGAUAACCACAAGCGAGGCCGGAGUCUUGAAGGUGGGAUUCUGUUCAAGGAGAGAGAUGAUGAUCUUGCUUUGUUUAAUGAGAUGCAGAGCAGGGAAAAGGAGGAUUUUUUGCUCCAGUCGACUGAUGAUUUCGAAGACUCAUUUUCAACGAAGUUGAGAUACUUCUCGGAUUUGAAACUGGGGAUAUCCGCUCCUGGGCGUGGGGAGAGUAGCGAGCUGAUGAAUGCAGAAGGGGAUAAGAAUGACUAUGAGUGGUUAUUAACUCCUCCAGACACUCCUCUGUUUCCUUCACUGGAUGAUGAGCCACUACCAUCAAAUGUUCCGUCCAGGGGCAGACCUCGAAGUCAACCUAUUUCCAUAUCAAGAUCAUCCACGAUGGAAAAGAGUAACAGAAGCAGCAGGGGCAGUGCUAGUCCAAAUCGUUCAAGUCCAUCGCCUCGCUCUGGUAGUAAUACAAUUCAGUCAAGGGGAAGGCCAUCUUCUGCACGUAACUCUAGUCCAACUCCUAGUCAACGACCAGCCACCCCAUCACGUAGGCCAUCUACUCCUCCACCAAAUAAAGCCUCACCACCUGCCCCAAGGUCUUCUACACCAACUCCAAGGAGGGCGAGCACAGGGUCAGUGACAAGAGGAGUUUCUCCUAUACGGAACACUGCAAUGGGGAAUUCUGUUUCUCCUAAAGUAAGGGCUUGGCAGUCAAAUAUACCUGGUUUCUCCUCUGAAGCACCACCUAAUCUUCGUACUUCUCUGGGUGAUCGACCCGUAUCAUACGUGAGGGGCUCCUCACCAGCAUCUAGGAAUGGAAGAGACUCAAGCUCAAGAGUUGGCAGGCAAUCGAUGUCUCCAACUGCUUCUAGAAGUGUCAGUUCUUCACACAGUCAAGAACGAGAUAGAAUUAGUUCAUAUAGUAAAGGUUCUGUUGCCUCAUCUGGCGAUGAUGAUGUGGAGUCUUUGCAAUCCCUUCAUGUGGGCAGCUUAGAUCGACUAGCAUCCAGAAGGGUUGGUGGGGUUUCGAGCAGCAAAGUGUCUGCAGCAUUGCCAAAGAAGCCAGCUAGAACCUUCUCCCCGAGUUCUGCCCCAAAACGGUCCUUUGACUCUGCUAUUCGUCAAAAGGAUCAUUGGAAGAGUCCACCGAAUAUGUUUAGGCCUCUUCUGUCAAGUGUCCCGAGCACCACUUUCUAUACUGGAAAAGGAAGUACUGCACAAUGUUCAUUGGUGUCUAGGACUUCUUCAGUUACUACCAGUAGUAAUGCAAGCUCCGAUCAUGGAGUUGGUGCUGCACAUGACACUGAACGAAGUGACCACCAUCAUGAUGAUGUGGUGGUUGAAAGUAGGAAAGAGCUAUAUCCGGCUGUUCAGGAAGAUAUAUUUGCCUUUGAUAGGGCAGAUGACCUAAAUAAAGAUGUUGGCCAUGACAUACAAGAUGGUGUUCCUCAAUCUCAGCUUCAUGAUCUUGAUAGAGAUUUUACAAUUAGAAGUGAACAUGGGGACUUUGAAGAAUUCAGGUGCCAAGAUGUUGAUAUGGAAGUCGGUUCUCCAUUGGAUACUUCACGUGCUCGGGGUGAUUUCUCAGAAGUCGACAGUUUGAAUAGCCUCGUAUACCUGAAGAUUUGUUCUAGGUGUGGUUGCAAAUACAAUGAUGUUGAAGCAUUGGAAGCCGACAUCAAUCUUUGUCUAGAUUGCAGUAAACAAGACACCGUAAUAACUGCUGAGAACCCUCUGGUACUGUCCAUUAGUAAAGGCGAAGAAGGGAACCAACAGAUGGAUGAGUCAGCGCUAGAUACUGCUGUAAUGGAGUUGCAGUCCCUAACUGACAAUGUGAGUUUUGUUGGUGAUACUGUCCUGCAUGAAGUCUUAGGCAAGCAAGUCGAUAAUUCAAGCCAUGAGCAGAGCCUUAUGGAUCCACAAGUAGAAGGUUUUGUUGCUAUGUUGGCAGAAGAGGGAGAUAAGCACAAGAUGGCCAGCAAACGAGUAACUAAAGAACCAACUCUUGGCCGCAGCGUCUCCGAUAUCGUCACUGGAAGUCAGCAAUUGUCCAACUGCAACGCAUUGCAUACCUUGAAAGUUGAUCUUGUCGAAGGUGCUGGCAUUUCUGUUGUACUAAAAAAAUCCAGCAGUAGCAAAGGGCCUGUUUUCCAAGGCAGGAGUUUCACAGCAUCUACCCUUAGUUAUGACGACGUGUCUUUCACGAGAGAUAGUGCAAACAGUUUGAGAAGCUCCUUCGGCCAUGCUAGCACAUCUGGAUCAUCUUCUCUCGAUCUCUCCUCGUCAGCCAGGCAAAUGGAAACCACUCGGGUCCAACGGCAAUUGAGUGGAAAGAAAUAUGAUCUUGAAAGUACCAGACCUCAAAGUAGCGGGUCAUCUUUUUCCGGGUCUCUUAAUAAUGUUGCACACCAAGCUUCAUUCCCUCUGACGAGUACGCUUGAAGAUAGUGUUUCAGGUUCUCAAAAUAACGAAGUGGAAGUUACCAAUACGUCUUCUACCAAUGGCCAGCCGGUUUCUGAGGAAUAUUUAUGCGAGAGAACAGACAGUAGUAGAACCAUGGAUGCUUCCACAUUACAGUUAGAAGAGCAUUCUGAAUUAUCCCCAGCUUCGAAGAGUGUCCCGUUGCAUGAAAAUGACGCAGAGUAUCAAGACCAUGCCAAAAAUCUCUCAGAUACAGAUGCAUCGUCCCCCUUGGAAUCCUCAGUUGAAGCAGAAAAUAGCAUCACCAACACGAGUGUCGAUCAUAAUCAUACUCCCGAGAUUCCCAGUCACAGUAGACUGGCAUCAAUAUCAGAGAUUGAAAGUGAGGAUCACCUUCAAAGUCCUCCAAGCUCAGUAAGAAAUGAUCUUUCUGCAAACUUGAGAGGGAUGUCAGACGAAUUCGAGGAUCCUUCACUUUCUGCAACAUCCGAUAAAGAUGCUACUGCUUCCGUCCUGCAAACCAGCACCUCAGAUCAUGAACGCCGUUUUCUAGACGAGUCCACUGUGAUGGUGGAAUGCCAUGGAGGGAACAAGGUGGGAAGAAGCCUAACCCUCGAAGAAGCUACCGACACCAUACUCUUCUGUAGCUCAAUUGUCCACGACCUGGCUUACAAAGCUGCAACAAUAGCCAUUGAAAAGGAACUCUCAGUCCCAUUGAGCGAUUCACGGCCAACAGUCACCAUCUUGGGGAAAUCCAUUCCUGAUAGAAAGGAUACCCGCGGUGGUGUAAGAGCCAGACGGAGUUUAAAACCUUCAAAAGUUAAGCAGCAGCAGCAGAAGCAAGAAGAGGCCUCCGUGAAAAGCCCUUCCUCUGUGAAGGUAGUAGAGAAUGACGAGAAUGCUGAUGAUUCCAUGGUGCGUAACGUCGGUCUACCUAAUAAAAUGGAUAGUUCGAAGCCUCCGAAGCUGGAAUCAAAGUGCAAUUGCACAAUAAUGUGAAGAAGGAAGGAAUGAAGGUCUCCCUACGGUUUGUUGUAUGCUGAUUAGAGAUGCCUCUUCUUUCUUAUUAGGGUGGCUUGAAAUGAAAGAUUGCCAAUUGAUUUUCCAAAUUCAUUUGUAAGAAAAAGAAAAAAAAAAGGCACAAAUCUGAUGCGUUGUUGGGUAACAUAAGCUGUAAAGUUUCUUCUAUUUGUUGCUAGGUUGAUUGUUGGCAGGAUGAGAAAAAGAAAAGAAGGCAGUUGCCGCUUGUGGAGUUGUGGUUUGCUAUAGCUUGUGACUUGGGUAUAUAGCUUCACUUGAUGAGUGUAAUGAUUCUGAGAAGUUUUUGGUCGUGUGUUC